AUGGAUGUGAAGCACGUGGAGGGCUGCGAGUACCACGGUAGGGAAAGCGAUCGAGAAUGUAAAGAUGAAGUAAAAAAAGUUAUGGACAAGCUUAUAUUCGAAAGGAAGAAAAAUUUUCAAGGACAAGAAAAUUAUUGUCGCAAUUCAUCUGUGAGUAUAUGUCCAAAUGUGUAUUGUAAUAUAUACACAGAUCUUUAUACCUGGUUUGGAUUUAAAAAUUGCAAAAAAAUUGACACUGAGUCUUUAAACACAUGUUUUACGGACAUAUCCAACGGGGGGGUAGGAUACUAUGAAAAACUUAUCGUAUUGGGAGGACGGAUAUUGGAACUAUAUAGCGAGUUGCAUUUUUUUAAUAAAUAUAACUAUGAAAAGGAUGAGGAGAUAGUCCAAGACUUACGUAGCAUUAAGUCAGUAAAAGAGGUUGUAUUCCAAUACUUGUAUGUACAGAAAAGAAAAAAUCGAGUCAUUUAUAAAAAUAGCUUGUACUUAUUUGGCUAUUCAUAUCUGUAUACACCUCUGUUUUUUAGAAAUAAAAAUUCGAUCAUAAAAUAUGUGAAGGCAUGUAUAGCAUAUGCUGUCAAAUUUAGUGGUACUAAUAUAUUUUCUUGGAUGCCUUCUUUGAUUGAGCAUAUAUAUUACUCCCAGAAGGUGAAGGUAUCCGAGAUAGACGAGGAGAACGAGUUGAUACAAGACCUGCAGGAGUUUUUUGGGUACCAGUUUGACUAUGUGUUGCCACGAAUAGCGGAGUGCUUCAGUCAGCAUAAUUUAUACAUUAGCAGUUCGCACCUCACGGGCCUGCAGAUCGUGCGCAUCUUCGCGAAUGAGUACUUUGCCCUGUUGGCCGACGACGUCAACAUCGAGGGGAAGGAGAAAACCACGUGGGUGCGCGAAGAAACGGAAGCCUUCCUAAACUCGCACUGCAUCGAAAUAUUUAGCGGCUGCAUGUUAUCUCUGCACAAGUACCUCGGAGAAAAGGGAGUGAAGGUGGGUAAAAUAAAGGGCAUAUUCGAAAUGCUUUUAUCCUCCUGCUGGGUACUGGGAAAUGAAAAAAGAAAUAAAGUAUGGGCAUGUGCCCUUGUGCAGAGGUUAAGGCAAGUGCAGCUUCUCACACAGAUCACCACCAUAGAAAAAUGGUCAUACAGCAUCAAAAAGUACAACGACCUGAACAUACAGAAUUUUGUAAAAGACAUAUACAAUUUUAAUAAUAUCAAUGGGAGUGUUUUGUCUCCUUUUCAAUUGCAAAACGUUAAUAUUUAUCUCCCCCCCAAGGAGGGUCCUUUGAAGGAAAUCCCCUACUAUACUACGCUGGCCGACAGGUACAAGGACCGGUUCUCGCACAGAGACAGUGCCAGGCAGGGGGGUAGCGCCAGCAACGGCAGAAGCAGCAACGGCAACGGCAGAAGCAGCAACAGCCGCGGCAACAACAGCCGCGGCAACAACUGCCAACUCUAUGACGUUUUAAACAACAUCACCAGCAACAUAUAUAAGCGCUUCAAGCCCAGGCGGCCCAGGAACAGGGGGUCCUCCGGCGUCACGCGCUUGGUCUACACGAACAGGGAUGACUGCCCUCCAGACAUGAGCUACCACGACCUGAAGGCCAGCCUUUCCUCCGACGAAUCCACCAAGUACGACGCCGCCCAGGACUUGGACGUGGAGGAUGAUGAGGAAUAUAUCUACGGGGAGGGGGAAGACCCAUUCAUGCGGUACUGCGCGAAUGAAGGAACUCACUCAAAGGGCCCCAAAACGGGAAAAAACGGAAUCCCUGUAAAAAUAAAAUACAUUAAGGACGCAGCGGACGAUCGGAACUCCAAGUACGUCAUAGAGAUUCCCAAGCGAGACUUGGCGAGCGGGGGUGGCAAUAACCACGUGAAGGCAGUUCUCUGGGGAAAUGGAAAAAAGGGCCUGGAAAUCAAACUUCCCUCCGAGAGUGACCUCAUGCCGCAUGUGCGAAUUAGAUGA